AUGAAAAAAUAUGAUUAAAGAAUUGUGAUAUGUUAUAUCAAGAGGAUACAGAAAGGAAGAUUUAAACGAACAGUUUAGUGGUUUAAAGAUUUAGAGGUGAUGGAACAAUAUGCAAAAGAGGAAUGGAAUGAGGAAAUGAAUGAAUAUUCAGUAAUCUGGAAUAGAUAGAUUAAAUAGAGCACCCUUUUGGGGGAAGAUAAAUGCACUGAAUUUGAGACAGGAAAAGAUGUUGAAGAAAUUGGACUGGAAGAUGAGAAUUUAUAACUACAGGGAAAAGGAGAAUGCAAGAGAUUGAACACGAAUAGAGUGAGAAUGAUACCUAAUUAUGGUUAUUUUAAUCAAUGGAGAUCAAGAAUGUAAGAUGCAAGGAGCACAGUGAGGAGUGGUUUCAUAGGGAUCAUGUAAUGGAACGUCUAGCAUCAUGGGAUCAAAAUAAAGCCAAGUGAGUAAUAAUGUUGGAGAAAAUGGAUGGGAAGAAAUGUGAAGCUAAAAAGAAGGAAAAAAGGAGGUAUAUAGCAAACAAGAGAAAGCAGGUGAUAGAAAG